AUGGCGGCGGGAGCGCUGGGUGAGGAGCGGAGCUUCGGGCUGUCCUGUGAGAAACUGAACCCGGGAGCUCGCCUCUCGCUGUAUCACGUCAAACUGACGGACACCGCCGUCAGGGCGCUCGAGGCUUAUCGUCGGCUGGCGGCUUCCUUACCGAAUCAGCCAGUAAUCUGCUUCCAGGGAAAUCAGGGGCAGUACAUCAAAAUUCCUGCUCCUAAAUCAGACUGCCAUGACGGCGUGCGAUGUUUUUCAUUCUACUUGUCAACCGACAGCAAGGACAAGCCACAAGCAAGUUUUGACUGUAUACACCAGUAUGUUUCAAGUUUCGAAAAAGAUCAACUUGACUGCCUGGGGAGUAUUCAGGAUAAAAUCACAGUUUGUGCGACUGACGACUCUUACCAGAUGACUCGAGAACGGGUGUCACAAGUAGAAAAGGAGUCAUGGAGUCGAACAACUAUAGAAAUUAAACCAGACUCCUCAUGUCAAGGUGUGCGAAAGCCAGUCCAUUUUCGAAAGCAAACAGUAAGUCCUGCUGGAGAUGGCAUUCCACUUCGAAAACACUCUCCUACCAUGAAUCCAAGCUUUGGAAUGAAGAAAAACUGUAUCAGUACAGUUACCCAAAGACCACUUAAAGAUCGCCUCAUCCAUCUUUUAGCUUUGAAGCCCUAUAAAAAGCCUGAGCUGCUUCUAUGGUUGGAGAGAGAGAAAGCAAAUCCAAAGGACAAAACUGAACUGUCUUCUGUAUUGGAGCAGGUAGCAAAGGUAAAUAUAAAGGACAACAACAGCUAUACACUAAAAGAUGAGCUCUACAAGGAAAUUCAACAGGAUUGGCCUGGUUACAGUGAUGAAGAAAAACAGUUGAUUCGAAGACACCUAAUAAGGAAGCGGCCAACAGCUCAUUCUAGUCAGACCAAGAGUUCGCAACUCAGUUCUCCAUUCCAGAAGUCCUCAGGGGAAUCUUCACCACAAUCCAGCCCUGUCAAGAACGCUUUAAUGAAAAGACCAGUGCCUUUGGAGCGGAUAGAUUCUCACACAAACAAAAGAAGUAGAGUGUUCCAGUCCAAGGAUCAUCCGCAGCCGGUUUCAAAUGGACAACAUCCUCAUUCAGCAUGCCUUACUGCCACAGCAAAUUCCUGUGUAACUGUUAAAACUGAGUUCCAGCAGACCCACACUUCACUGCCUGGGUGUCCAAAUGAGUUUGAUGAAACAUUUAAAAAGUGCAACAAUUCUUCAAAAAGUGACUUAAACAGAAGUGACAAAGAUCUUAAAAGCAACAGGGAUACUACUGGUAACCCUAGGAACCAGGUUGCACAGGCGAGUUUAGAACAGACAGCUUAUCCUCUGAGUGUGUGUUCGGAGCUCUCUGCUAGUCACAAUAAGAAGAAAUCCAAAAAGCACAAAGAAAAUUUGAGAGAACGUACAAGGUCUGAAACAAGAACAUGGCGAAAAGAAAGUCCAAUACAUCAGGUUCGAAAACUGCAUGAAGAGACUUUUGAAGAGCAUGAAACCACAAAUACAUCUGCAACCGCUAGUUCAACAGUGGAAAUGCCUGACUAUUUAUUAAAGUACACUGCAGUUACAUCUUUAGAAUUGUAUCAGAACUAUCGGAAUGACUUCAAUGCAGAAUACAGCGAAUACCGGGAUCUUCAUGCAAAAAUUGGAAAUGUAACUGAGCGGUUCAUGCAGUUGGGAUCAAAAAUCAAAACACUUAGCCCAGGAACGGAGGAUUACAAGAUGGUCGAGGAUCAAAUAUUUGAGGAAUAUAGGAAAUUUAAAAAGACCCAUCCCACAUACCAGGAAGAGAAGGUUCGCUGUGAGUACCUACACCGGAAGCUAUCACACAUCAAACAGUUAAUAUUGGAAUUUGACCCAAACCAGAUGUCAUGACAAUGUUUACUGCCAAGAUUUCCUUUUCUUAAACAUUAAGACCACCUUCGUUGCUUCUGGAUACAAGAGAACUUAUUUGUCUGAAUGACAAUUUUUAGCUUUUUUUUUAAUAUGACAGUUGCAGUUUGACCAUUGAAAGCGAUACAAUCUGCCAUUGAAGGACUGAGGGUCACCGUGCUCAUGACAAGGUUUGACUACCUGUGAUUAACAAUGUGAACUGAGCCAGAAACUGCACGUUGUUUGUACGAUUUUUGCAGUGUAUAUAUGUACUACAUACCAAAUCUCAAUGCUAGAAAAUAAUGCUGUCUUAGUAUUUUGGCAAAUGUUUAUCUCCUCUAAGAUGCCUUAAUAUGAAUUUAAAAUGUUAGUCUACCAUGCAUUUUUGUGGGGCCAAUCUUAAUCUGCAGCAUGCAUUUCUGAUCAUAAAUUCACCAACUAAGGUUACAAUCUCGUACAUUAAUAGUUUCAGGUGACAUCAUUGUGAUAUCUUAAGACAAAAAUACCCAGCUUUAGCAGUAAUACUGCCUUAAGGUGUUUCAUCUUGGAAAUAAUACUAGUGUGUGUUUUCUAAUGACUUUUGUUUUGGCUCAUUUUGCUGUUAAGCCAGUCAGAAUUGAUUUAUUGUCAUUUUAUCCCAAGUAAUACAAUCUGUCAAAUAAUUUAUCUUUCAGUUAGAAUAAAUAUAUUCUUCCAAGAUUGCUUAUGAACCUUUUAUGAGGAAAAGAAUGUGCUAUGGGUCACGUUUUACUCUUGAUGUUUUUGUAUUUUAAUUAUCAAUAUUCUGAGGGAAAAAAAUCAAUUUUAAAUUCAAAAUUUAAAGCCCAAUUUGGCCAAGAUUUAUUACAAAGAAUAUAGUGACAUCUUCAGAUUGUAUGACUGGUAUAGGGUUUACUGUAUAUUUCACCCUGUGAAAACAUGUUAUCUAUACUCAUUUAAGCUGCUGCAUCCUUGUUCAUCAGUCCAUACACCUGAUCUCUGUCUAAAAUAAUUUAUUGCUUGAAUGUUUUGCCUUUUUUUGCACAAUCAAAGCAGAAUGAUUUUAAAAUGUAGGUGCCUGAGCUAAAUUUAAACUUUACAGGAUGUAUGUAAAAAUACAUAAAAUGGCAGAGAUAUUCACUGGAAGGAACUGCAUACCAUUUUUAUCACUCUACGUAAGAUCCUCGCGUGAUCAUGACUCCUCCCUCUUUCAUUGUAGCGCGAGCUUUGACUGUAUCAUUAUUUGUCACCACGCAUCAUGCACGUGAAAUCAAACAUGGCUGGCGUGCUGUACAAUAGUUUGUAUGGUGAAAUGAUCAUAAAUAACCAUGCUGUGUGAACUGUACCCUGUAUGGUUGAAUUGUGUUGGUAGAUGUGUACUCUACCACUGAAAUCGCAUUUCAAUGAAUGAGAACCAUUCUGAUGCUGUUCCUAUAAAUAUGACGAUGGUAUUGCUGAAUGUUUGAUAUGAAAGCAUUUCUGGGGUUUUGAUGAUGUUAUUGCAGGUGGGGGAAUUGAGAACUUGUUAUCUCUAGCCAAAAGAUCUUGGUUAAAUUAAUCCAGUAGAAUGUUGACAUGGUGUAAAAUAACACCUUUCCAUGCAAUGUCUGAUUUAACAUUUUGUCAGGCCAAUGACUUCAGUUACAUAAAUUUCCAAAGUUCUAAACUCUUGCUGUUCUGCAUUAGUGAAAUCUGUUAACCAUUUUUAAGGACAGGAAUUGACCAGUUCUGUUUUCAGCCUUGUUCAGCCUUGUUUAGCCUUGUUGAGUCUUGUUUCUGUAAAUUAUGGAUUAUGAUCAGAGGCUGAAGUUGGCUUUUACCAUGUAAAAAUUGACUAGCAGCAGUGUCACGUUGCAUGGAUGUGUUUUCCAGGCAUAUCUGUGCAAAUAAUUCCUGUUUUCAGGUACUGCUUACUUAGCAGUUUUAAUUGAACUUUCAGAGGUAUGCUUCAUCCUGAACUUUUGGUUUGAAAUUGUUGUUUGUGUCAUUGCCAUCACCCUUAGUUUUAUUGCCAACUUCAUCUCAUUUCUUGGUUCUUCCUUUUCUCCACGUCUCAUUUUCUUUUCAUUGUAAAUCUCUUGUUAAAUGGCACUUCACACAAAUAAAUCCCCAUGUUUUUACAUGUGACCUGCACUGUCCUGAGCUGAAAAAACAUAAUAAAAAUACUGGAACAGAUACAGGACACAUUGGAAACAGUCAGCAUUUAUGAGAACAUGAGUUGAGGUUUGGAAUCUAGGAUGCCUAAGACCUCAAGCCAUGUGUUCAUUCUGCAGAUACUGCCUUAACUCCUGAAUUUGUCUCUAAUAUUUGAUUGGAUGUUCACAAACAUUACUGUUUUGUUAAAUGUUGUAGGUAACUCGAUUUGACAGAAAUAGUUGCAAAUCUGCUUUUGGAGUCUUUUGUAUCCUUUUUUAUCAAGGGUUUUCUUUGCAUGUCUUUCUGAAAAAGAAACUAAUGUAAGCCUAUUGUUUUCAAAUGUGUUUGAGGAUCUAGAAUUUCAUGAUGUACUGAAAGACUUUUGAUCUUUACUUAAGCUAUUUAUUUACUUCCAGAACUUCCUUAGGUGAAAUAAUUUGACUUGCAGUACACAAACUUCCAAACGUUUUGGUGUGCUUUCUUAAUCUUAGAAAUCACAUGGUUAGCUCUUUUCGUCAUAGAUUGCCGUGUGUAUGAGGAAUAGUGCUAUGAUCCAGCAGCAGUGUAGCCAUAACUAAUCUGACCUUGAAAUUGCAGAAUUAGGCCUAUGGUUUGUAUGUGUUUACCAGAAGCUACAUGCCAUAAUGUGGCUUAUUGAAAAAGUACCUCUGUAUAAUGGCACCGGCCAAAAUUGCCUUCUGCCAAGCCAUAACCAUAACAUUGAUAUGUUUUGACCAUAUCAUAAAGAAUUCUGCAUUUAUUAAAAAACCAUUCACAUUUUGGGAAUUUUUAUAUUAAAUUCAAUCGUCCUCCUUGUUCCGUACUAUAUGAAUGUCAACUCUACUGAAGCAUUUUGCUGCAAGUUGAGUUUGGUAUGUAACAGCAGAGAAUUAUUUGAGAAAUCCAUUAAAAUUGAGCCCUGUGUUACCACUUGUAAUGUUCCUGGCUGUUAUUUUACAAUAUCGCGCCACAAUAUUAGAUACCUACAGUGGACCACCAUUUUGGAAAGGGUUCUCCUGUUUUAUUCUGUUUUAGAACAUAUUUUGCAAGAAUACAGAUUGAGUAUUGCAGGUAAAAAGGUCACUCUGUUAAAGCUUUCCAUGUUGCACUCAUCAGAAGCAAACAUAUCACAUUUGAAAAGGAACAGCAAUUUAUAUUGCAUGAUCUUUACAAACAAAAUCACCAGGCAUUGUGCCUUUCUCAGUUAAACAAAAUAUUAGGAGAGAACGGUUUCCUGGUACAUAUCCCACAACAAAUGCCUCAAAAAUUCAGAUUUGACUUGCCCUUUUUGUUUUUAAAGAAAAGGUUGGAAACAACUUCUCCCAAGUACUUUUAUCCAUCCGACAAUCAGAGCAAUUUUCCCAUGCAGUACAAGUUGACUGUUCCCUUUGAAUUUUGGUAUUUCUGUAUGUGUCCUGAUAAGUGCAGGAUGAAAACCUUUGCCACAUCUGUUCCUUCAGCAUAAUGCAAUUCACAGCAUGGUUAUGAAAAUUGUUGAGUAUAUUUAAGCAUACAACUUGGGGUGAAUGGUUGUCUAAACUUGAAAUCAUCAUGGACUUUGCCCGGUCCCGAAUUGCACCAAGUCUUGUUCCCCAACAGCCCUAUUCUCUGACCUACAUUGGCUAUCAGUCAAUUAAUGUCCUAAUUUUAAAGAUCUCAUCCUUAUUUUCAAAUCCCUCCAUCUUACACACAUGGACACUACACACAAUGAAGUAUAUCAUGGAAAAAUAUGAGGAAAAUCUCUUUUUCUCAUGAGAUACUGACAUGGGCACACGCUCACGGACACAUCCCAUAUGCACAGAAAUAGUCAUAGAGGUACUUGGACAGUCACAGAGGGAGCCUUGUAAACAUGUAGCCUCUCACCUCCCUACCACUUGUAAUCUCCUCCAGUGCCAUAACAUUCAAUAUCUAAUUCUAGCCCCUUGUGCAUCCCUGCUUUUAAUCACUUCGUCAUUGAUGACCAUGUCUUCAGUUCUUUUGAAAGCUUUGAAUUCCUUCCCUAUACUCCUCUACCUCAUCCUCCUCCUUCAAGAAAGUUCUGACCUCUUUGACCAAGUUUUCGGUCGUCUGACCUUAAUAUCUCCUUAUUGGCUUUUAGAUUUUUCUGUGAAGGGCGUUGGGACAUUACCUUAAUAGCAUUAUAUAAAUGUCAUUGGUAGUACCACAGGCCAAAUCGUGAUUUCUUAAUUAUACUCCUGAUAACAAAAUUUAUAUAAAUGGAAAACUGUGUACAGCAUAAAGCCGUAGUUGUUUUCUAGUAGUCAAUCAAUAGAGCCAAAUCCAUGUGUUUUCUCAUCCUUUUCUGACUGGAACUCCUUACUGCAUUUUUCAUCAGAGCAUUCCUUUGGAGCUGUGUUCAACUGGACUUUUCUAAUAACUUCUGCAGAGUUGUCAGAUACAUCAGCUGCUUUUUCUGACCUUGGACAUAAUCCACCUUUUUGAAACGGUUGUGUUGAAUGUAGGGACUGAGUUAAAAACCAAUUACCAAUCACCGUGAAGGCAGCCUUCUAAUUUUCAAGAUUGCACAUAGGAACGCAGAGUUAUAGCUCCAAACUUCCUCUACCCUCUGAUAACACUAUCAGUACCAUGUCUACAUAGUUAAACCACCCUCUACUGCAGCUACAGCUUUGCUAAUCUACUUACUGCAGCACAGCUUAACACUAACCCGUGAUCUUUAUUUUAAACCAAAAGUUGCAUUUAUUUUGUGCGUGCCUCAGGACACUUGAGUCUUCGAUUGCUAAUUUAAGUUCUUUGUGUUGUCAGACUUUUAUAAUGUAGGAAACAUGGCAGCCAGUUUACACACAGCAAGGUUCCAUAAACAGCAAUGCAGCCAUGCCUAGGUUUUGUUUUUUGAUUUUGAUUUGAGAGACAAGUUUUGGCUG